AUGAGCGGAGGAAUGCCAGAAUUGGGCUCGAAGAUUAGUUUAAUAUCGAAAGCAGAUAUUCGCUAUGAGGGCCGACUUUUUACUGUUGAUCCCCAAGAAUGUACCAUUGCUCUAGCUAAUGGUGAGUCUCAAAUCAAGAUGGAUACCGAAAUCAGUUUUGCCGCUGUUUCAUUUCCCGUACGUUCUUUUGGAACUGAAGAUAGAGAAACUCAACUUCCAGUGGCACCACAAAAUCAAGUAUAUGAAUACAUUUUAUUCCGUGGUUCAGAUAUUAAAGAUAUUAGAGUUGUUAAUAAUGUCAGCUCUCUUCCAAAUGAUCCAGCCAUUGUACAGAUGACGGUGCAACCGUCUAUGAGCCAGCAAUCAUACCAGCCACAACCUAGUUAUGCUCAUCCAAUGAUGGGCCCAAUGGGUGGACAAUAUGGAGCACCCUAUGGCAUGACAAUGGGCACUAUGGGACCUGUAAUGGGAAUGCCAACUUCUGCUAGAGAUCCUCGUGGACCAAUGAAUAAACAGUCAAGUGAGUUGAGCUUGGGCUCUGCUGAACCCAAUGCCAUCUCUAUCCCAAACUCACUACCGACGGCCAAUGUCGACCCAUUACCAAAAGACCAAUCUCUGGAAGAUGGUGUAUUAGAUCUUAUUAGUGGAGGUUCACGGUCAACAACUCCAACUUCUUCUUUAUUGACACGAAAAAGUCCAACUAUGGAUCAAGGUAUCCAAGUAGGCCAUCAACAGCAGCAACAGCAACAACAGGGUGGAAAUGUUGGCAAACUUGGUGAAAAGACAAAUAUGCGAACUAUUCAACCAACUCGACGUGAUCAUGAUAGCCACAGUGGUAAUAAGGCAGGAGGCGCUGUAUCGCAAUAUAAUGAAGGAAAACGUGAUGCAAUGAAGCAAGAUGGUCAGUUACAAGGACAAGGUACUCAUGCUCAAGGUAAUCGAGGAAAUCGUGGUGGAUGGAUGAAUCGUGGGAAUAUGCGUGGUAGAGGAAGAGGUCGCGGUGGUUUUAGAAAUCAACCUGGUAAUGCUGGUGCCAAACCGAAGAAUACGCUGAAAUUCGAUAAUGAUUAUGACUUUGAACAAGCUAAUACUGAGUUUGAAGAAUUGAGAUCUCAAUUGGCAAAAACGAAAAUUGAUGCUGGUGCUGAUAAUGAAAAGAAAGAUGAUAGUGGUAAUGAAACAGGAGCCGGCGAAGGUGAGCCCGAGGAAGAACCUGAGAUAGUUCAUUAUGACAAGUCAAAAUCUUUCUUCGACAACAUCAGCUGUGAAGCUGUUGAAAGGAAGCGGAAACUGAACUCUGAAACAUUUGGUGUAGCGUCAACAAGACGCGGUAGUUUUCGUGGACGCGGUUACUAUAAUCGUGGAAUGGGAGGCAUGUAUCGAGGCAGUGGUGCAGGUGGUUCUGGUUUCCGUGGUGGUUAUAGAGGUUCAAGAGGUGGAAAUCGUAAACCUGCUAAUCAACAGCAACAGAAUAAUCCUGGCAGCCAAAAUCGCACGACCAACGAACAAUCUGCUACUCAAUCGCAGCAGAAUAGUCGCGUUGUAUCUUUUUGA